AUGCGGCGGCUGUCCCUGUCCGCGCCCCGCGCCCCGGACGGCGCCGACGGCGGCGCGACGGGCGCGCCUGACAGGCAGGGCAGCGGCGCGGCGGCGGCGGCGGCGGCGGCGGCGGGGUCGCAGUCGCUGGCGGCGGCCGCGGCGGCGGUGGCGGCGGCCAACAGCGGUGGGACAGACAUAGAGCUCGAGUUUGACCAGGAGGUGUACCCCAUCGGCAUCUCCCUCGCCGACGCGUCCAUCGUGGGCGUCACGCAGCGGCUGAUGCGCGUGCCCCUGGGCGCGGGAGACCCCGCACACGGCGAGCCCCCGCUGGCCAUGCCGUCUUUCCACCCCGCCCCCGAGUCCCAGCCCGUGCUGCCGGCCCUGCUGCGGCGGCUGCUGCUCAAGGGCGCGCAGGCGGAGGCGCUCGCGCUGGCCAAGCGCCACGAGGCCGGGCCCCACUUCGCCAGGUCCCUGGAGUGGCUUCUGUUCACAACGCUGGACAUGGAGGGCACGGGCAAGCGGCGCGACCUGGCACCGCGGCCGGGGACACUGGGGCAGCUCAAACAG